GGAGUUGGCGGAGCACGUUCACGCCGGGACUGCACUUGCCUGAGUCUGGCCGCCCGGCUCCACCAGACUGGCCAGCUCCCGGGGCAGGGCCGGGGCGAGUUCGCGGCGUGGCGGGACAUGAGCCGCGCCGCCGCCUCUAACCGCGGGCUGUGCUCUUUUUCCAGGUGGCCCGUCGGCUGCUGAGCCCUUUGCCGCGCGAGGAGACGGUGCCCGCGGCUGCUGACCAUGACCAUGACCCUCCACACCAAAGCCUCCGGAAUGGCCAUGCUGCACCAGAUCCAAGGGAACGAGCUGGAGCCCCUGAACCGCCCUCAGCUCAAGAUCCCCCUGGAGCGGCCCCUGGGCGAGGUGUACGUGGACAGCAGCAAGCCCGCGGUGUACAACUACCCCGAGGGCGCCGCGUACGAGUUCAACGCCGCGGCCGCCGCCUCCGCGCCAGUCUACGGCCAGUCCGGCCUCCCUUACGGCCCCGGGUCCGAAGCAGCCGCGUUCGGCGCCAACGGCCUGGGGAGCUUCUCCCAGCUCAACAGCGUGUCUCCGAGCCCGCUGGUGCUGCUGCACCCGCCGCCGCAGCUGUCGCCCUUCCUGCAGCCUCACGGCCAGCAGGUGCCCUAUUACCUGGAGAACGAGCCGAGCGGCUACGCAGUACGGGAGGCCGGCGCUCCGGCGUUCUACAGGUCAAAUUCAGAUAAUCGACGCCAGGGUGGCAGAGAGAGAUUGGCUAGUGCCGGUGACAAGGGAAGCCUGGCCAUGGAGUCUGCCAAGGAGACUCGCUACUGCGCGGUGUGCAAUGACUAUGCCUCCGGCUAUCACUAUGGAGUCUGGUCCUGUGAGGGCUGUAAGGCCUUCUUCAAGAGAAGUAUUCAAGGACAUAAUGACUACAUGUGUCCGGCUACCAACCAGUGCACCAUUGAUAAAAACAGGCGGAAGAGCUGCCAGGCCUGUCGGCUGCGCAAAUGCUACGAAGUGGGGAUGAUGAAAGGGGGGAUACGGAAAGACCGAAGAGGAGGGAGAAUGUUGAAACACAAACGCCAAAGAGAUGAUGGGGAAGGCAGGAAUGAAGCAGGGCCCUCUGGAGACAUGAGGGGUGCUAACCUUUGGCCAAGCCCUCUCUUGAUAAAGCACACGAAGAAGAACAGUCCGGCCUUGUCCCUGACAGCUGAACAGAUGGUCAGUGCCUUGUUGGAGGCUGAGCCCCCCAUACUCUAUUCCGAGUACGAUCCUGCAAGACCUUUAAGUGAGGCCUCCAUCAUGGGCUUGCUGACUAACCUGGCAGACAGGGAGCUGGUUCACAUGAUCAAUUGGGCAAAGAGGGUGCCAGGCUUUGUGGAUUUGACCCUCCAUGAUCAGGUCCACCUUCUGGAAUGUGCCUGGCUAGAGAUCCUGAUGAUUGGGCUUAUCUGGCGCUCCAUGGAGCACCCAGGGAAGCUCCUGUUUGCUCCUAACUUGCUCUUGGACAGGAACCAGGGGAAAUGUGUAGAGGGCAUGGUGGAGAUCUUUGACAUGUUGCUGGCCACAUCGUCUCGGUUCCGUAUGAUGAAUCUGCAGGGAGAGGAGUUUGUGUGCCUCAAAUCUAUCAUUUUGCUUAAUUCUGGAGUGUACACAUUUCUGUCCAGCACCCUGAAGUCUCUGGAAGAGAAAGACCAUAUCCACCGGGUCCUGGACAAGAUCACAGACACCUUGAUCCACCUGAUGGCCAAAGCAGGCCUGACCCUGCAGCAGCAGCACCGGCGCCUGGCCCAGCUCCUCCUCAUCCUCUCCCACAUCAGGCACAUGAGUAACAAAGGCAUGGAGCAUCUGUACAACAUGAAGUGCAAGAACGUGGUGCCCCUCUACGACCUGCUGCUAGAGAUGCUGGAUGCCCACCGCCUGCACGCCCCUGCUGCCCGCAUGGGAGUAUCCCCAGAGGAGAUGGGCCAGAGCCAGCUGGCCAGCACUGGCUCCACUUCAUCGCAUUCCUUGCAAAAGUUUUAUAUCACUGGGGAGGCAGAGAGUUUCCCCGCCACAAUCUAAGAGCUCCCGGGCUCCCCCAAGGCUCUGCGAAUCCCUGCAGCACACCCCCCAACCCCCCGCCAUGCGUCACUUUAGCAGAACUCUGUCUCCUGCACACACUCCAGCAUGCGUCCACCACCAGCAGCUUUCUAGAUGAGUGGCCGUUCAUUUGCGUGUUAAGUUUUUAGUGGUACAUCUUCUGUUGGGAACAGCCAAAGGGAUUCCAGGGCUAAAUCUUUGUAACAGCUCUUCUCCCCCCACCCCUUUGUUGCUAUAUUACUAAGCAUGAGGAUUCCUAUAGCUCUUCACGACUGAACUCAGUCUAUGAGCUUGGGGCUCAGAUGACUGUGCAUUUAAGCUACUUAUAGAGACCCAGACCUGGAGAGUAAACAUUUCCCCUCUGAUAAGCACUUUGGAAUGGCUUGAAGAAUAAGCCACAGGAAAGAAUGUAAAGUGGCUCCUUUAACUGCUGACUUGGAGAAAGCUAGGUCCAGGGUUCAUUAUAGACCCCUCUUGUAUUCCUGUAGUGAUGUGCCAUUUUAUUCAAGUGAUACCUUAAAGCUUUUGCACUCCGAUAGCAGAGUAUUAAGUGAUUGUCUAUUCAUUUCCCCUAUAGGAAUACAAGAUGCACAUAGAGAAGGAAGAUCCUCUAAUUGCCAAGACUAUUGCAACUUAGUACACUGCAGCCUCAGGCUAGCUGCAAGCUCUAUUGCUGGCUUUCCAGAGCACCAUGCUCAGGCCAUGGGUUCCGGUUAAUUCUCACCUCCCAUGGACCAAUGGAAAACAGCAAGUUGAUUUUAGUUAAGUCAUUUCUACAUACAUCAGUCUCCUAAUAUGUCAUUAUGGGUCAUUAUGAAA